AUGCCUUUUAAAGUGCGCGUCUCCAAAUAUCGUCAUGUAUUUGGUUCACCUUAUCGUGAACAAGAAUGCUAUAAAAAUAUUUCUAUAACAAAAAAUGCACAUGAUGGAAGUUUUUGUGCUGUUAAUUCAAAAUUUUUAGCAGUUGUAACUGAAACCUCUGGCGGUGGAAGUUUUCUGGUUGUACUCUUAUCUGAGGUCGGUCGUAUCGAUGCUAGUCAUCCUCGUAUAACAGGACAUCGAGGACCUGUUGUUGAUCUUAAAUUUAAUCCGUUUAAUGAAAAUGAAAUUGCAUCCUGUUCAGAUGAUGGAACAGUUAAAAUUUGGCAUUUGCCAAACGAUGGCUUAAAAAUUGAUACAUGCCAAUGGAAAAUUGAUUUACAUGGUCAUCAACGACGGGUAGAUUAUAUUGAGUGGCAUCCAACAGCAGAAAAUCUAAUAUUGAGUGCUGGUCUUGAUUAUCAAGUGAUUUUGUGGAAUGUAGAAAAAGCCGAACCCAUACAAAUCUAUCGUUGUCAUCCGAAUGCAAUACAAUCAAUUACAUGGCAUAGAAAUGGUUCAUUAUUUGCAACAACUUGUAAAGAUAAAUGCAUACGUGUUAUUGAAGCUCGUUCUGGUCGCAUUAUUGCUAGAGAAAUUGGCCAUCAAGGUCCUAAGACAUCAAAAGUUGUUUUUUUAGGUGAUACAAAUCGUCUCUUAUCAACUGGUUUUGGAAAGCAAUAUGAAAGACAAGUAGCAAUUUGGAAUGCUAAUGAUUUAUCGAAUCCAUUAAUAAUGGAAACAGUCGAUUUCAGUGCCGGCAUUCUUGUUCCAUUCUAUGAUCAUGAUACACGAAUAAUUUAUUUAGCUGGAAAAGGCGAUGGAAAUAUUCGAUACUAUGAAUUGACUGAUCAAUGUGAGCCUUAUUUAUAUUUUCUAUCAGAAUAUAAAUCAUCUUCACCACAACGAUGUCUUGGUGUAAUGCCAAAGAUUGGUCUUGAUGUAACACGAAAUGAGAUUAUGCGCUUUUAUAAAUUGUUUGCCAUUGGAUCUAUUUGUGAACCUAUAUCAAUGAUUGUUCCAAGAAAAUCAGAAUCUUUUCAAAAUGAUAUUUAUCCAGAAACACCUGGCCCAUAUCCAGCAUUGUCACCUGACGAAUGGAUAUCUGGUCUUGAUCGUGAACCAAUACUUGUCUCUUUGAAAGAUCGUAUAGAAAAUACAAAUAUGCCAAAAAUCACAACAUACCGAACAUUUGAUUCCGUAUCUAUAUUUUCAAAUCGUGGAAUAUCCCAAAGAAUAACUCAAUUGCCUAUAGCAGAAGUUACACCUACACCAAAAUCGAAUACCAAUGAUCAAGUAACAUCUUUAUCCGUAUCAAUCGAACAAAUCUCUGAUGACAUGAAACAACAAACAAAUCAGAAAAGUUUAAGAAAAAUUGCGUCAUUGAGAAUGUCAGCAACAAGUACUGAAUUCAAUCAGAUUAGAGAUAAAUUUCAAACUGAAACACAAAAUACACAGCCGUCAAUCAACCAUAAUUUUGAAAUAAAGAAAAAAGUUUGGAGUUUUGAUAUAAAUGAACCGUAUACAUCUAUGCAUCAACCACAAGUGAAUGGCAUUGAUUAUUGUCAAGAAUAUCUUAAACUACAAGAAGAAAUUCAAUCGUUAAAUGAAAUUAUAUUAUUAAAAGAUAAUCGUAUUCGUUUACUUGAAGAUGAAUUAAAUGUAUUAAAAAUUCUACCAGAAGAUCAAGAUAAUAAACUAAGUGUAUGA